CCCCGGAGCGCACUCAGUCCAGCCCGUACACUCCAUCCGCAACGCCUAACUUGAUCUUUUUAUACGUUUCUAUCGCUUCUCGUUCCGGUUACGCCUGCCGCCGUCCUCCCUCUCCGUGACGCGAUCGGCUCCAGCGCAGCUGCAUAUAUCUUCACUCACGACCAGCGCACGAUCUCCACCGCUAUCUGCUCUCUUCGGGGCUCUCAACAGUCACACCGCAAGUCUUUAUUGAACGCAAUCAACACCAGACCGUGCAUUAACCAUAUAAUUAACUGUCUAAAUGCAAGCUGUAGUCACCACAUCCUUGUCUCCUCCCGCAGGUCGUUUCACCCCGCCUGAAGACGUCCCCGCCUCCGUAGAGCGUCAUCAGCGUCAGCCGUCCCUUCCGACGGGGUUGCAAAAACCGACCAUGCAGUCUCAAUACAUGCACUCCCGCAACGCGUCUUCCGAUCUACCUUCCCUCGGAGGUGAUCGCUGGCGGCUCAACGGCGCCGGACAGUUAGUCGACGCAGAGACCACUCCCGAAUGGGACUUGGCGGAUCAGAUUGUCCGAUUGAACUUAGGCGGUGGCGAAGCCGAUGAAUUGCGAGGUCAGAUGCGUACUCCGCCGAACUCCAAGAACUCUACCACGGCUGUUGCGCAAUUCACCGAGACAAGCCCUCUAGAGUCAUCCGACGCCAGCGCUGGAUCCUCAUCCCCAGAACCCAGUCAGAACAGUCGUGGUAGCGCCAUUCACUCCAGGGACUCGUCUGCCGAUACAACCGACUCCGGGAGUCGUAAUCUCCGCGUCCCCCCUCUUACCCCGCCUCAGGUCGGUGCGGUGGGCGAGCAGCGCGAGCGGCCGCACUCCUACAGUGGCGGAUUGUCCAUGGCUGACCUCCGCCGCCUGCAGCAGGCGGGGGGCAGUCCAGUUGCCAAACCUCCGUCAGGAGAUACCACGCCCCAGCAACCGCAGCAACGAGAGUGGUCGACUCCGAACCAAUCGGAUCAGCCAACGUAUCCUUCACUGACCGGUAAUCCAACGGUUAUCCACGUUCCGGCCCAACGCCCGCAACCGCCUGUGGUUAAUGCACCUGUCGUGAUGACGUCGUUGGCUCCUCGUCAGGACGAGUUGGAAACCGAUUAUCAGAUGCAGCAGCGCCAGUUCAAUUCUCUUGGCCCUGCCCUGGGCAGUCCUGGCGUACCGUCCUUUAGGCCUAACAACGGACUAGCCCCUAUACCCUUCCGUCAGUCUGCUCGACUUCCAGGACCGGUGCCGCCCCAGGCAGGCUUCCCGUAUCCCGCUCAGCAUCAGCAAGCGCUCUCGAUGGGUACCCCUCAACAAAUGUACGAUAUGAUGCUGCCGAAUAUUGUCCAUGAAAACCCUGCCGUCGCACGCAUCCAGCAGCAGCAUGGCGCGUUCCGGCCGACGCACUCCCACUCUGCGUCUGACCCGGCUUCCCUUCGGGAAGCAGCUACUCUGGCCCAACUUCUCGCAGCCAACAACCUCCAGGCUUUCCCUGCUGGUGCUGGUGUUCCGGGAAUGUACCCUGCGUUGACGACCCCGCCUCCGCUUGCUGCCGUCUAUGGCAACCAGUUCUACCAGCCACAGGACAUGUAUGCAAUUAACGACCUUGCCGCCCAUGCCCAGCUCGUGGCAGCCAACAGGUUGCAGCCACAGUACACCGGACCCUACAAUGCUGCAGCGCCCGCUCAGUCUGCGGGCUUGAACGGUAGCAUUAACCCUGUUCAGGUCGAGGUGAAUCCCAACGGGUCGGGUCCGAGCGCGAACAACCGCAAGCUAGGGCUGUACAAGACCGAGUUGUGUCGCAGCUGGGAGGAGAAGGGAACUUGCCGGUACGGCACCAAAUGUCAGUUCGCCCACGGCGAAGAGGAGCUUCGCGUCGUUGCUCGCCAUCCCAAGUACAAGACUGAAAUUUGCAGGACUUUUUGGGUAUCUGGAUCUUGCCCGUAUGGCAAACGCUGCUGCUUCAUCCACACCGAGCUUCCCGCUGGAAGCGCACCUCCGGGCGCUGACGGAACCCCCCCGCCGACCAACUUGACCAACGGUCAACGUGCCCGCUCGAUGAGCACAAACAGUGACCCAAACGACGCAUCCACGUCAUUGCUCGCCCGCAUCUCUGCCAAGCGUAACCAGGGAUCUUCUCCCAGUGCGAACGUACCCGGGGCAGCCACGCCAGUGGAUGUUACCCCUCAGGCGACGUUCGCGCUUGGGUCACGUCCCGGUGCUUUGAGGGUCGAUACGACUGCCUUAGGUAGCACUGCGUCCAAGGAGAACAAAUCGGCUUUUCCGACGUUCAAUAGUGGUAUGAUACUUCCGACGAACGAGCAGCCGAACAUGUCCCCGAUUGCAGUGACUGCGCACCCUGAUUUCGGGCGCAAUGGCCGACUCGAUCUCAAUCAGAACCAGACGCGCCUGGGCAAGGGGGCUUCUAGUCCCAACAAUCGUCAUUCCUUCAAUGGCACUGAGAUUAGUCUCGAUCUCGCUAACGUGGCCUCCGCCCCGACGCCGACCACGUCGCUCGCGGUUUCCCCUCCGCAGAGACACACACAACCUCGGGCCAACGGUCACGUCCGAGCUGGGAGCGCCGGCAACUGGCCAACCACAUUCCGGAGUAGCCGAUUAGCCGCGCCGUCGCCCUAUUCGUCGGUGCCUGGCAACGAGCUGAAAACAGCCUCUCCUUGGACGUCCGAGUUAGCUAUUGGCUCCUCGAGGCGCAACUAGGGAUAUUUCACAUGACGAACGAGCGCCUUAUCGCCGGCGCCAGGGUAUUCGCCGCAGGCCCGGCGUCCAGGCCACACCGCGACAAGGUUAUGAUUAUGACUUCCGCAUAUACAUGGUCGGACAUCUCACGCCAUUUCAACGCCGACUGCUUCGGUCAGUUUCUCGACUAGAUGUGUAAACGUUCAUCGGUAGCGACCUUUCCCCGAUUCGACAAAAAAAAAAGGAAUAACUUGUUGACCCAUGUCUUCCGUUGCCCAAUCUGUGCUCGACCCUCGUAGCUGCCCCUUCACGACCACCCUUUCCUGGUUAUUUCUUGCUCAUUCUCGUGUAUUUGAGGUUCCUCAUCGUCAACCGCUGCAUCGUAUCACUUGCUUGUUCCAUGUUUUUAUUCCUUUUAUGAA